AGGACCCAGGCAGCGCCCGGUCGACGCGGGCCCGAGCACCCUGCAGUUGCUUUUACUUGCUAAUUCCUGAGGUGAACAGAUUUAAAGGAUGAGUGAACUGGAACAGUUGAGGCAGGAAGCAGAACAACUGCGGAAUCAGAUCCAGGAUGCUAGGAAAGCAUGUAAUGAUGCAACGCUUGUUCAGGUCACAUCGAAUAUGGACUCUGUGGGACGAAUACAAAUGCGAACAAGACGUACACUGAGGGGCCACCUAGCUAAAAUCUAUGCCAUGCAUUGGGGAUAUGAUUCAAGGCUACUGGUCAGUGCUUCCCAAGAUGGAAAAUUAAUUAUUUGGGAUAGCUAUACAACAAAUAAGAUGCAUGCUAUUCCCUUGAGGUCCUCCUGGGUGAUGACCUGUGCUUAUGCUCCCUCUGGUAAUUAUGUUGCUUGUGGAGGCUUGGACAACAUCUGCUCUAUAUAUAACUUAAAAACCAGAGAGGGAAACGUGAGAGUGAGCCGAGAGUUGCCAGGUCACACAGGCUACUUGUCCUGCUGUCGUUUUUUAGAUGACAGCCAAAUUGUUACAAGUUCAGGAGAUACAACUUGUGCUUUAUGGGACAUUGAAACUGCCCAGCAGACCACUACAUUCACUGGGCAUUCUGGAGAUGUGAUGAGUCUUUCUCUGAGUCCUGACAUGAGGACUUUUGUUUCUGGAGCUUGCGAUGCCUCUUCCAAAUUAUGGGAUAUUCGAGAUGGAAUGUGUAGACAGUCUUUCACAGGACAUGUCUCAGAUAUUAAUGCUGUCAGUUUUUUCCCAAAUGGAUAUGCCUUUGCCACUGGCUCUGAUGAUGCCACUUGCCGGCUCUUUGACCUUCGUGCAGACCAAGAGCUAUUAUUGUAUUCUCAUGAUAAUAUCAUCUGUGGAAUCACUUCUGUAGCCUUCUCAAAAAGUGGGCGCCUCCUGUUAGCUGGUUAUGAUGACUUUAAUUGUAAUGUGUGGGACACACUAAAAGGAGAUCGUGCAGGUGUCCUUGCUGGUCACGACAAUCGUGUCAGCUGUUUAGGUGUAACUGAUGAUGGCAUGGCUGUGGCAACAGGUUCUUGGGACAGUUUUCUUAGAAUCUGGAAUUAACAGUGUCAUAUAUUUCCUGUUCUCCAUUGAU